CAACAAAUCAAAGGCAUAUACAAUGUUUUUUAAAGGAAAUUAAAACGUAUCAGUUUUUCACUUUGAUGGGGUUCGAGUAAUAACAUGUUCAACUACUUAAGACAUUGGCUCGAAUCUAAGUUGUGUCUUUAGAUUUCUAGAAAACUAAUAACCAAUCAUUGACUUCUCAAAAAACGGCCUAGUCAAUUUGGUCUGUUUCGCAAGAGUUCCAAUAAGUCUCGCCUCUGGGCUUAGAAACCAGUAGAAACUCCGUGUUCCAAGUUUCGCUUCUGAACUUUCUUUGAUUCCUCAAUUCCGUAUGGUCCUAAACGAAGCAAGAAUAACAACAACCAGUCAGUAUAAUUUCGAAACUAACGUUAUCCAUAUCAAGCUUAGGCUAUAAAUCGCCAAAAGAAACGCCAAUGACUUGGUAACAAAUCAUUUUGAAAAUAUAGAAUUAAGACAGAUACUAGUCAGGUAGGAGAUUCCUUGAUAACGUUAGCUGCGCUCGGUUGGUCUGCUCCAAACUAUUGUGGCGAUUGUAAAUAUUGCUUCAAGAAAUCAAACAGGUCACUGAUAGCAUACAACAUAGUUUGCAUUUCGCACGUCCUUUUUUAUUUUGACAACUCACAUUUCUUCGAAAGGCAAUGUCUAGAAUGCUGAGCAAGGAUCUUCCAGAUAUCGAGAAUAUCCUGGCCCUGAACCCCCGGGUGAAGAGCCAUGCUGAUAUCUGCUCCACCUCUGCUAAGAAAGUAGAGAAGAAGCACUGGAAAAGAAACCCAGAGAAAGGCUGUGAUUCUGUCCCCUACCCCAGGCUCAUCUCCGCUCCGGAGGGGUCCCGGGGAUUUGAUAGGGCCGAUGCCAUGACAACGGCUCACCCCGACCCCAAGAGAGAGGAGGGUGAUGACGUGCGGUGGUUUAAAUGAUCCGCUGGACCAAUAACAUUGCAAUAGCUGCGUGACGCUGGAGAACAAUUUUGAUGACAUCAAACACACAACUCUGAGCGAGCGCGGAGCACUUCGGGAAGCAAUGAGGUGCCUGAAAUGUGCAGAUGCCCCAUGUCAGAAAAGUUGCCCUACCAACCUGGACAUCAAGUCAUUCAUUACCAGUAUUGCCAACAGGAACUACUAUGGGGCGGCGAAGUCGAUCUUGUCAGACAACCCCUUAGGCCUGACUUGUGGCAUGGUGUGCCCGACCUCUGACCUCUGUGUGGGGGGCUGUAACCUCUACGCCUCUGAGGAAGGACCAAUCAACAUCGGGGGGCUCCAGCAGUUCGCCACUGAGAUCUUUAGUAAGAUGGGCAUUCCUCAAGUGAGGAACCCAGCUCUCCCUCCUCCAGACCAGAUGCCUAACAGCUUCCACUCCAAGAUCGCUCUGAUUGGCUGUGGCCCGGCCAGCAUCAGCUGUGCUUCCUUCCUGGCUCGCCUUGGCUACGAUGACAUCACCAUAUUCGAAAAACAGAAGUGGAUCGGCGGACUGAGCUCUGCGGAGAUCCCUCAGUUCAGGCUGCCAUAUGAGGUAGUGCACUUCGAGGUGGAGCUGAUGAUGGAUUUGGGCAUCAAGGUGGUGUGUGAGAAAGCCCUGGGCCAGGACGGGAUGACUCUGCUCUCUCUGAGAGAUGAAGGUUACAAAGCUGUCUUUAUCGGCAUUGGUCUUCCACAGGCUAACAGACAUAAAAUAUUUGAGGAGCUGACGAUCGAACAAGGCUUCUACACGUCAAAGGAUUUCCUACCUUUGGUCUCCAAAGCCAGCAAAACAGGAAUGUGUAGCUGCAAGUCUUCCCUGCCAGAGCUGCGUGGCACGGUGAUUGUUCUGGGUUCAGGAGACACAGCUUUCGACUGUGCCACUUCUUCCCUGCGCUGCGGUGCCAAGCGGGUCUACGUGGUGUUUAGGAAAGGCUUCACCAACAUCAGGGCUGUCCCCGAGGAGAUGGAGCUGGCCAUGGAAGAGAAGUGUGAGUUCAUGCCCUUCCUGUCCCCUCGUGAGGUCAUCAUGAAGGCGGGUCGCUUGGCGGGAAUGGAGUUCUGUCGUACGGAGCUGACAGACGAAGGUGAUUGGAUGGAGGACGAGGAUCAGAUCAUACGCCUCAAGGCCGAUUACAUCAUCAGUGCCUUCGGAUCCAUGCUGAGCGACCCCAAAGUGAAAGAGGCCAUGGCUCCGGUGCGGUUGAACCGCUGGGGUCUCCCAGAGCUGGACCCAGAGAGCAUGCAGAGCAGUGAGUCCUGGGUGUUUGCUGGGGGCGACGUGGCAGGACAGGCAAACACCACCGUGGAAUCAGUCAACGACGGCAAACAGGCAUCUUGGCACAUGCACAAGUACCUACAGUCUCUCCACGGCCAGACGGUGUCCAGCGUCCCCCAGCUCCCUCUCUUCCACUGUGCCAUCGACUCUGUGGACAUCGGUGUGGAGAUGUGUGGGAUCAGGUUCCCCAACCCCUUUGGCCUGGCCUCCGCUCCCCCCACCACCAGCACAGCCAUGAUCCGCAGGGCCUUCCUGGAAGGAUGGGGCUUCGCUCUCACCAAGACCUUCUCUCUGGACAAGGACUUGGUGACCAACGUGUCUCCCCGCAUCGUGCGUGGGACGACCUCAGGCCCCAUGUUCGGUCCGGGACAGAGCUCCUUCCUCAAUAUCGAGCUGAUCAGUGAGAAGACUGCAGCCUACUGGUGCCAGAGUGUUACCGAGCUCAAAGCUGACUUCCCCAACAAGGUCAUUAUCUCCAGUAUAAUGUGCAGCUACAACAAAGCUGACUGGACAGAGCUUGCCAAGAUGGCAGAGGCCUCAGGAGCUGAUGCCUUGGAGUUGAAUCUGUCUUGCCCACAUGGUAUGGGGGAGAGGGGCAUGGGACUGGCCUGUGGGCAGGAUACAGAGUUGGUGCGUAACAUCUGCCGCUGGGUGAGACAAGCUGUCCAGAUCCCCUUCUUCGCCAAACUGACCCCAAACGUCACCAACAUUGUGGAUAUAGCCAUGGCAGCACACGAAGGUGGUGCAGAUGGCGUCACAGCAACCAACACGGUAUCUGGGCUGAUGGGGCUCAAGGCAGACGGCACUCCUUGGCCUGGCAUUGGCCGUGGCAAGAGAACCACAUAUGGCGGCGUGUCUGGAAACGCCAUCCGGCCCAUCGCCCUGCGUGCUGUAUCCGCCAUCGCCAAAGCCCUGCCUGGCUUUCCCAUCCUGGCCACUGGGGGCAUCGACUCAGCGGAGUCUGGUCUGCAGUUCCUUCAUGCUGGAGCUUCUGUCCUGCAGGUGUGCAGCGCGGUGCAGAACCAGGACUUCACUCUGAUCGAGGACUACUGCCUGGGUCUAAAGACCCUGCUCUACCUGAAGAGCAUCGAGGAGCUACAGGACUGGGAUGGCCAAUCACCUCCCACAUUGCGCCACCAGAAGGGCAAACCUGUCCCGCGACUGGAGGAACUGGUGGGCAAGAGUUUACCCAGCUUUGGACCCUAUCUGCUUGAGAAGAAAAAGGUUUUGGCCGACUACAAGAAGGCAGUGAGAGACUACGUUGAGAAGACCACAGUAGUGGAGGCCAAUGGCACCAGAACGUACACCCCCAAGAGACCAGUCCCAGCUGUCAAGGAUGUUAUAGCCAGGGCUCUGAAGCACAUCGGUGCAUACGGGGAGCUGAACAACACAGAGCAGGUCGAGGCUGUUAUAGAUGAGGAAAUGUGUAUCAACUGUGGCAAGUGCUACAUGACCUGCAAUGACUCUGGGUACCAGGCUAUUUCGUUUGACCCUGAGACCCAUUUCCCUAUAGUUAACGACAGCUGCACCGGCUGCACUCUCUGUCUCAGUGUCUGCCCUAUCAUCGAGUGCAUCAAAAUGGUUACCAGGACAACACCGUAUGUGCCCAAGAGAGGCCUGCCUCAAGCCGUCAUGCCCGUAUGCUGAAACUAAAGGAUGGAGUGAAAGAAAGAAGAAACAAAAACCUCCACCAAUGUCUGUUUGACAACAUCGAUUCCUCUGCUUUGUAAUUGUGCUGUGAAAAAUUACCUUGAUUAUAUGAAAAUAAUUAUUAGUGUGGAUAAAUAAUUGCCUUAUAUAUUCCCAAGCCAAUUAUCUACAAAUAAUCAACCGGGCGGCAAAACGUGGCAUUAUUUCUAAACAAUGGUGGUGUGGGGAUGUGUUGUUGUUUUUGUCGUUGAGUUUUUUUUUUUAUCUUCCCCGUUGUGUCAAGGCUGUGAUAAUGAGAGUGAAGGUGGAAGAGAAGAGGGGAGGAAGAGAAAGGAGGGAGGAAGGGGAAGGCAGAAAAUAAUGGAUGUUUAUGUAUCUGGCCUCUAUCUGACAAACUGACGCACCAAUGCUACAUUUCCUAACAAGCAUGCGUGGAUGGCAGUCGGACCACAAGCCCAGAGCUAUGAAAUUAGACAUGAUAUGUUGGGAGGGAUAAUCAGAAGGAUCAGAAGUGGUAAGGAACAAAGAUGAAUAGGUGAUCGUGACAGCCUGAGGUAUUCCACCUGUGAAUGUCCAGACAAUCUCCUCUCUCUCAUACCACAUCAGCACUGGAGGUCAUUGUUUCAUGUUUAUCAAGCACUGCAUCUGUUUAGCUUGGUUCCUCCAAGUGUUAGCUACAAGCCAGCUUUACUUUUAGUUUAACUUGCCCUGCACUCCCAGUGUUAGCUACAAGCCAGCUUUACUUUUAGUUUAACUUGCCUUGCACCAAAGCUUAGAAUGUAUUCUACUAUUACUACUAAUACUAUUUGCAUCUGUCUGUGGUUAUGUGGAUUACACAUUGAUUGUGUUAACA